CACAAAGAGAUCUCAGUUGUAAUCCACUUUGCAGCUCUGAAGGCUGUCGGAGAGUCUGUGGAGAAGCCACUGCUGUACUACAGGGUUAAUGUCCUAGGAACCAUUAACCUGAUUGAGGCUAUGUGUGAGAAAGGAGUGACACGGAUCAUUUUCUCCAGCUCAGCAACUGUUUAUGGUGACCCAGUCUAUCUGCCCAUGGAUGAGAAACAUCCUGUAGGAAAUUGUACAAGUCCUUAUGCAAAAUCCAAGCAUUUUGUGGAGGAGAUUUUAUUUGAUAUAUGCAGGAUCAAACCGGAAUGGAGUGUUAUGGUGCUGCGAUACUUCAAUCCUGUUGGAGCUCACAGUUCUGGCAUGAUAGGAGAGGAUCCCCAGGGCAUCCCUAACAACUUGACACCGUUUGUGUCUCAGGUGGCUAUUGGGAAGAGAUCUGAGCUGCUAGUGUUUGGCGAUGACUACAACACCCAUGAUGGAACAGGAGUCAGAGAUUACAUCCACAUUACAGAUCUUGCUAAAGGCCAUAUUGCUGCAAUGACUAAAGUGAAAGAUUCCACUGGAUUUAAGGUUUACAAUCUAGGGACAGGAAAAGGCUCCUCUGUUCUUGAUGUCAUCAAAGCCUUUGAGAAAGCCUGUGGCAAAAAGAUAAAUUACAAAGUUGUGGCACGCAGAGACGGCGAUGUGGCUGCCAUGUGUGCUGAUCCAAAGAAAGCAGAGGAAGAACUAGGCUGGAAGGCAACAUACAGUCUGGAUGACAUGUGUCGGGACUUGUGGAACUGGCAAAGCAAGAACCCAAAUGGUUUCAAGACAAAGAAUGGCAUAAAACAUUAA